UCGCUUAGCUCUCCGAAAUAUAAUUUUUGCAAUGAAUCUUGUGGGGAAAUAACAAGUAAAUUAAUACAAUCAACAUAAGUUUAUAUAAAGGGUUCCAAGUCUAAUCAAGUGUUAAAAAUCAAGUAGAAUGCAAUUUUCCAGUCUAUAAGCAUUAGCAAGAAAGGUCCUUAAAAUAAUCUUAUUCCGAUCGAUAUGCCUGAGAAUCAAUCUAUAAGCAAUUCCACUUUCACUGCUGCUCAAGGUGUGUAUAACCUUAUAGUAUUCAUAGAAAACAAUCCCGCAAGAGGAACUGGAAUAUCAUUAUUAUUAAGUCUAGUUCAUAACUUGGUGGGACCAAUAGUACCUCCGACUAUACUCAAAUACUCUAUCGGUUUACAAAAUAAUUUAUUUGGUGGAUACCCCAGUUCAAGUGAAAUUGCUCCUGAUAUAGUUUUUGCAGUAUUAUUCUUUAUAAUCGGUUUAGUGCAUCUUUCAGUGUUUGUUAUGAAUUGUGUGAGAGGACAUUACUUUUGGAUAUCAAUUGGAUGGGUGGUAUACUCAUUUAUGAGAACAGUUGGGUUCACGUUAAGAGCAUUAUGGGCUACAAAUAUAACACUUCUACCAAUUGGUUUAACCAGCGAGGUAUUAUCUAUUGUACCUUCUAAUAUCAUUGUUUCAUUAAAUUUAAUGCUAGCACAAAAAUUAUUUACUUGGAGGCAUCCUGUAGGUGGUUCUCGUAAAUUAUUCUGGGGUUUUAUGAUUGGUUUGUAUACUUUUGUGGUAUUAUCUAUUGGUGUUGUCAUUGCGGCAUCUUUCUAUUCUUAUUUACAUUUUGUUGAUAAUCAAAUUAAUUAUAAUAUGAAUUUUAUAGUUGAGGUUACUUCUGUUACUAUUAUAAGUUACAGUCUAACUGCAGUUUCAUUGAUCGGUUUAUCCUUUUGGUUCCCAACAUCUAAAGAUGAAAAUUUAUAUACAUAUCAACCUUGGUGGAUUGAAAGUUUCAGUCCAUUCUAUUUCGUGGAAGCUGGUGCAGCUCAAAGAGCUGAAGAAACAUUCAUGAAAAGAAAUCAUAAUCAUAGACAUGCAGUCAGAGUCAUUGCUGCUACUCAUCAUCAUUAUAAGAUGGUUAAAGGUUUAAGUAAUCAAAGAGGGGAUUUAUCACAUAACAAGUCGUUAUUAAUAAUAAUUAUAACUACAUUAUUGAUUUUGGUUGGAGCUAUUGGAAGAUGUAUUGUUGCCUUUCAAGACCGAGAGAAUUCCAAAGCAAGCGCUGCUGCAAAACCAUAUUUUAUGUUUAUUUGUUGGGGAGGAUUUGAAGUUAUAAUCAAUGUAUUAUACAUUGUUGGUAGAGUUGAUCUUAGAUUUUAUCGUCCUGAUAGAUUACCUUCUAAAGUUAGAGCUAUAAUUACUGCAGAACAAUCAUAUUAUCCGUCUGAUUUUGAAGAUGAUGUUAAAUCUAAUUCUGAAAGUGAUGUAAAUCAUUUAGAUGAUAAUGAAAUUAGUUCUGAUCCAUCAAUUCUCAACCCAAGGUUUUCACUUAAUCCAUCGAAAUUAACAGAUAAAAAGAUGAUAGUUUCAAAUGAAAGCGUAAUUGACACUGUGUUUUACUUUUAAGUUAAACUCUUGCAACAUCCAUCAUAUGAAAUGAUUGCAAAAUUGAACAUGAGUCGUCGUCAAAGGGCAUAUGCAUAAAGCACAAUUAAGAUUAAAAAAUAAAACAAAAAAACAAUUUAUCGGUACCCCACAUUAAAAAAUAUGCACAUAUUUUGAGUCUGUAUAGCAUUUUACCCAAAUUGGAAUAGUAAAAACUAAAUUAACAAACGUAAGGCGCUGUCUUUGUUCUGCAGUGUAUAUUCUAGGUGUCGAUCAAAGUUGAAAUAGAUAUGUGGUCUACAGAGUUCUAUUUUGACAUGAAUAAAAUGUAUGAAAUUAUAUUAAUAUUUACUUGUGAUACUUCUGUUACUGUUUUAUUGCUUCUUCUUUUAUGUAGAUGUUAAGAAGGCGAUUUAUCUUGUCAAGACUAUAUCUGUAACGGCUGAUCGGCUUAAAGUAUAGGAUUUAUUAAAAUAACUUUAAAUGAUAGAAA